CCCUUUCAUUCGUUUCACUCGUUUCAUAUAGUUGUAUGUAUAUAUGCGUAUGCAUCAAAAAGUCUCUUUAUAUCCUCAGAGUCACCCAAUCUUAUCUCUCUCUCCUUCGUCCUCAAGAAAAGUAAUUCUCUGUUUGUGUAGUUUUCUUUACCGGUGAAUUUUCUCUUCGUUUUGUGCUUCAAACGUCACCCAAAUCACCAAGAUCGAUCAAAAUCGAAACUUAACGUUUCAGAAGAUGGUGCAGUACCAGAGAUUAAUCAUCCACCAUGGAAGAAAAGAAGAUAAGUUUAGAGUUUCUUCAGCAGAGGAAAGUGGUGGAGGUGGUUGUUGCUACUCCAAGAGAGCUAAACAAAAGUUUCGUUGUCUUCUCUUUCUCUCUAUCCUCUCUUGCUGUUUCGUCUUGUCUCCUUAUUACCUCUUCGGCUUCUCUACUCUCUCCCUCCUAGAUUCGUUUCGCAGAGAAAUCGAAGGUCUUAGCUCUUAUGAGCCAGUUAUUACCCCUCUGUGCUCAGAAAUCUCCAAUGGAACCAUUUGUUGUGACAGAACCGGUUUGAGAUCUGAUAUUUGUGUAAUGAAAGGUGAUGUUCGAACAAACUCUGCUUCUUCCUCAAUCUUCCUCUUCACCUCCUCCACCAAUAACAACACAAAACCGGAAAAGAUCAAACCUUACACUAGAAAAUGGGAGACUAGUGUGAUGGACACCGUUCAAGAACUCAACCUCAUCACCAAAGAUUCCAACAAAUCUUCAGAUCGUGUAUGCGAUGUGUACCAUGAUGUUCCUGCUGUGUUCUUCUCCACUGGUGGAUACACCGGUAACGUAUACCACGAGUUUAACGACGGGAUUAUCCCUUUGUUUAUAACUUCACAGCAUUACAACAAAAAAGUUGUGUUUGUGAUCGUCGAGUAUCAUGACUGGUGGGAGAUGAAGUAUGGAGAUGUCGUUUCGCAGCUCUCGGAUUAUCCUCUGGUUGAUUUCAAUGGAGAUACGAGAACACAUUGUUUCAAAGAAGCAACCGUUGGAUUACGUAUUCACGACGAGUUAACUGUGAAUUCUUCUUUGGUCAUUGGGAAUCAAACCAUUGUUGACUUCAGAAACGUUUUGGAUAGGGGUUACUCGCAUCGUAUCCAAAGCUUGACUCAGGAGGAAACAGAGGCGAACGUGACCGCACUCGAUUUCAAGAAGAAGCCAAAACUGGUGAUUCUUUCAAGAAACGGGUCAUCAAGGGCGAUAUUAAACGAGAAUCUUCUCGUGGAGCUAGCAGAGAAAACAGGGUUCAAUGUGGAGGUUCUAAGACCACAAAAGACAACGGAAAUGGCCAAGAUUUAUCGUUCGUUGAACACGAGCGAUGUAAUGAUCGGUGUACAUGGAGCAGCAAUGACUCAUUUCCUUUUCUUGAAACCGAAAACCGUUUUCAUUCAGAUCAUCCCAUUAGGGACGGACUGGGCGGCAGAGACAUAUUAUGGAGAACCGGCGAAGAAGCUAGGAUUGAAGUACGUUGGUUACAAGAUUGCGCCGAAAGAGAGCUCUUUGUAUGAAGAAUAUGGGAAAGAUGACCCUGUAAUCCGAGAUCCGGAUAGUCUAAACGACAAAGGAUGGGAAUAUACGAAGAAAAUCUAUCUACAAGGACAGAACGUGAAGCUUGACUUGAGAAGAUUCAGAGAAACAUCUAUUGGCCCUCGUUUGGGGAAUUUUUCGGUUUGUUUCAAGGGAUGACUUUUGUUUCGUUGAGGUUGCGGUAGGAGCGGUUAGAUCUGUUGAUCUUUUCCCGAACCUUGCCUUUCCCUCCGUCUCUUGUCUCCUUGCUUCAGCCAUCAAUUCCCAUUUGGAUUGCCCCAUUUCUUUUCAGAGGUUUCGUUAUGUUUUUGUUGUGAUAGUCUUCUUUGUUGGCAGUCGGUCUCUCCUCCUUAGUGUAGUUUGUUGUGGUUGUUAGCUUUCUCCUACCUUUGUGGUGUUCUCUCACGAUGAAGGUUCUCGGAGGCUAGGCUUCUCUCUUUGUCCUGCUUCAGAUCUUUUUUGAUAGCUUUUUGAAGACUUCUAUUUAGAUGUAUUUAGACGCCUCAGUCGUCACCGUCGCACCCGGAGGCUUGUUCGAGUUUAUUCCAGUUUGGUUGGCUUGCUGGGUUAUGAAGUUCUUGGUUCUGGUUUCGAGAGAUUGGCUCUCUUUAUGAUAGGAGGUGGCAGAUUUUUUUUCGGGGUGGCCGUGGGCAGCCGAAGUAAGUCUCAUCGCAAGUGCUUAUGAGGAGGAGGUCUUAUUUGCCGCUUGUAGCUAUUGUUUUCUUUGGUUUUUAGUCUUGUUGUCUCUGUUUAUGUAUUUGGGUUCGUUCUCUUACGUUUAGGGUCCAAUUUUUGCUGCUUUGUGUUUUAGUUUCUUUUGUUUCCCUUUCAUAGGGCUAUGCUUCCGGGGAUAUCUUCGUUUUCCUCCGGCUUUGUCUCCGAGAACUUUAAUUUCGUUCGUCGGCUUUGUUUCUCUUGUUUAGGCAUCGUGUAAUUCCCUGGUUCCACAUCAAGUUUAUCAAUCAAAUUUCAGUUUGAGUGACAAAAAAAAAAAGAAGUUUGGACUUU